GAAAAAAUAACAUCGACAAUACAAACCAUCGGAUCACUCCUCUUCUAAAGGUAGAAUGUGGCUCGAGCACGUGAUAACUUGCAAACACAAGUUAUGCGAAACAAAGUGGUCCCGGUCCCCCAGUGCACAGAGAGAGCCCAGCAACUUGAGAUGGACGCGCUAGCACAUAUUUGGAUGAUAAUUGUUCAAGAAAGAAAGUGGUGAUUUUGAUUCUGGCCUGCAUCCCUUAUGGGCCAUUCAUCGAGGACAUCUCAUGUCAACUGUAGGCUAGUGAGUGAUGAUAACAUUUUAUAGACUUUGUCAUUUUAUGUAAUUUUAAUACAGUUUAGAUCAAGGGCUCUCUUUAUUAUUUAUUUGUUACUCAUUUGAACGACUAGUGUCAUAGUGAUAAUGUGUAUGUACAUUUGAUCAUCUAUUUGACUUUGAUAAUACAUCAUAUUCCAUUUCAUACUAUAUCUUGAAAUGGGUCAACAAAGUUAGUAUAGAAUCGCAAACUCAGGGUCGCCAAACAGCAUUUAUGCACUAGCCUACACUCCUUUCUUGUCAUUAAGAUCGGACGUGUUUAGUUUUCUCUUUUGAGGUCAAGAAGUUGCACAAAGUGCCUACUUCUUGACCUCAAAACAGAAAACUAAACACGUCCUAUCUUAGUGACAAGAAAAGAGUGUAGGCUAGUAUAUAAAUGCGGUUUGGGAAGUCUGAAUCAUUAAUGGCUCAGCUGCCUCUACCGGGGCAGGCAGGCAGGCUCUCCCUUGAGCACAGCCAGCCACAGGCUGCAGCUGAUGACUGUUUCAGAAUAUGUCCACUGGAGGCUCCCAGCAGUUCAUGCGUCACUUCAUUCCUGCCGCUGAUCAUGGCGGAGCUCGAGACAAUGCAGUCUGAACUGGAGGCGCCCGAAGUUCUCAAUGGGGACGCCGGCGAGAACGAUGAGAAAGAGUACGAGGAGCCCUCGGAAUCAGGGAAGAAAAAGAGAAGAAAAAAGAAAAAGAAUAAGACUGCUCCUCCAGCAGGGACAAAUGAGGCUGAGGGGGAUGGAGAUACCGGAGGAGGUGUUGGUGAUGUGACGAAACAGUUGGAGCAGCAAGCUCUGCUGGAGGACAAAGAGAAGGAGGACGAUGGAGUGGAUGAUGGAGAAGAUGUUGAGAACUCAGCAGGGAAAAAGAAAAAGAAGAAGAAGAAGAAGAAAGGAGUGAAGGGACAGACUGACCCUCCCUCCAUCCCUAUUUGUGAGCUGUAUCCCAGUGGAGACUUCCCAAAAGGAGAGGAGUGUGAAUAUCCCCCAUCUAAAGACGGGCGCAGUGCAGUGUGGAGGACCACCCACGAGGAGAAGAGGGUCCUAGACAAGGCUAACGAGGAGAUGUGGAAUGACUUCCGUCAGGCUGCCGAGGCCCACAGACAGGUCCGAAACUACGUCAAUACCUGGAUCAAACCUGGGAUGACCAUGAUUGACAUCUGUGAGCGGUUGGAGGGUUGUAGUAGGAGGCUAAUCAAGGAGAAUGGUCUGAAGGCUGGCCUGGCAUUCCCCACUGGCUGCUCCAUCAACCACGUUGCUGCCCACUACACACCCAACGCUGGAGACCCCACAGUACUGCAGUAUGACGACGUCUGCAAGAUAGACUUUGGCACGCACAUCAACGGUCGAAUCAUUGACUGUGCCUUUACCGUGACCUUCAACCAUAAGUAUGACAGACUACUGGAGGCUGUGAGAGAUGCUACCAACACAGGCAUCAAGUGUGCAGGGAUAGAUGUGCGUCUAUGUGACGUGGGUGAAACCAUCCAGGAGGUCAUGGAGUCUUAUGAGGUGGAGAUAGAUGGGAAAACAUACCAAGUAAAGCCAAUCAGGAACCUCAAUGGCCACUCCAUCGGACAGUACAGGAUACACGCAGGCAAGACUGUUCCCAUCGUCAAGGGAGGAGAAGCUACCAGGAUGGAGGAAGGUGAGGUGUACGCAAUCGAGACAUUUGGCAGCACAGGAAGGGGAGCAGUUCACGAUGACAUGGAGUGCUCACAUUACAUGAAGAACUUCAAUGUUGGACACGUGCCAAUAAGACUUCCCAGGGCCAAGCAUCUGCUAAACGUGAUCAAUGAGAACUUCGGGACAUUGGCGUUCUGCCGCCGCUGGUUGGACCGGCAGGGAGAGAGCAAGUACUUGAUGGCCCUGAAGAACCUGUGUGACCUGGGUAUCAUAGACCCGUACCCGCCGCUCUGCGACACAAAGGGCUCCUACACCGCUCAGUAUGAACACACCAUCCUGCUCAGGCCCACUUGUAAGGAAGUGGUGAGCCGGGGGGAUGACUACUGAGCAUUUUCCGUAGGCCGGCUGACCUCAAACCAGGAAGAACGGGAAGAGAAAGAAUGAGAGAAGAUAAAUCAGGGUCCUGUUCAUUAGGGCACAGAACUUUUGUAAAUGUUUUGCAACAGAAAAUGAUAUUGAGUGUUUCUUAUUGGACAAGUCCAGUUAGUCCCUCUGUGUUGUUUUUUCUUCUUCUUCCGUUUGGUGCCUAAUGAACACAACCCAGUAAAACACAGACAGGAAUCCUCACUAGACAUUUAUUCAACGUUGUUGUGACGUAAUUUUAAGUUGCCUAAAUCCAAACCUUCAGUAGCUUCAAGAGUUUUAGCAAGAGCAUGAGACUGGUGUCAAGGAAGUAGCUUACUUAUGACAUGUAUUAUUUCAAAGGAUCAAGCCAAUAAAUAAGGGCAUAUAAAAAGCAAGAAAUAUAAUCUUGACAUUUUCUUUAUCAUACUUACUUGAUUGCUAUAUUGCUUAUUUAGAAUAAAAUGAAAUAUGCAAAAUUGCUCCCUCUGUUUUGGGUGGACACCUCAAUAUAUUACUUAAUAGUGCAAAGCUUCAAUGCCUUGGAAAGAACCUGUGGAAAAUAUAUAUACCUGCUAUGAAAGUAUUUAUAUUUCUAUAUUUUGUUUAUCUGCUGUAUUUUUAUUUUGAGGCCAU